AUGGCGACGACAGACACCAACUCACUCUCCACGCCCACGGCCAACAAGAAGCGCCCGCAUUCCUCUCUCGGCGCCUCCGAGCCCAGCACCUCCUCCCCGGCUCUCCCCAUCCGCGCCCUCCUCCUGCACGUCAACACCCUCCUCUCCAGCAGCCGCGCGGUAACCCACACGCUGCGCACAGCCGUCAGCCACGCCCUGCCGGACCUGCUUUCCCCCCCAACCACGACAACCACACCUAUCGCUAGCAACAUCAUUACUAUCACCGAUCCCGAUGAGGAACACCUCACCACCACCCCGCAAGACAAAGCUGAAGACAAAAUCAAAGGCAAAGACAAAGCCCACGCAGAGAAUCCCGAACACGACGCAUCCCAAAAACUACGCGACGCACUCACCUCAGACAGCGCCAUCCUCCGCGCCUUCGCCGUCUCCCCGUCGCUGCCGGGCAUCCUCGCCCACCUCGGCCUGGCGCGGGAGUUGUCGGCCGGGGAGGUCGCGCGGCUGCGGGAGUCGUACUCCUGGGCGUUCUACGAGCAGGGGAUCGGAUUGAUGGAGUUGGAGGCGGGCGCGAAGGAGUUUUUGGAGGGGAUAAGCGCUGCUGCUGCUGCUGCUGCUGCUGCUGGUGAUGGUCAUGGUGAUGGGGAUGCAGGCGGUGAUCGUCAGGACGAGGGUGGCGCCGCGGGAGGGAGUGCCUGGAUGAAGAGCGGCGCAGGGGUCGCUAUUGCGGCGUUGUCCAACAACUGCUAUGUGGCGGAGGGGUUGCUUGGCCGGCUAGGCGUCCGGGGCUUGGUUACCGCGGUCCUGCCAACCACCCCCGCCGAGGCCACCGACCAGAACGAAGCUGCCGCAACCUGGAUGCAGACCAUCACAUCUUGGUGGCGGGAGCUCAACAGCACAAUUGAAGGAGACGAGAUCCCGCCCCUGUCUCCAGACCAGGUCAUGGUGGUGUCGUGCGCGCCCUACGACUUGGCCGUUCCCGCGGCUGCUGGCUGCAAGACCUGCUGGGUGCGCAAGGCGAGUCACCCCAGCCUGAUGGCACCCAACGGGUCCAAGUUCGACCUGGAGGUGUCGAGCCUGGAGCAACUGCGCGUGGUCUUGGUGGAGGGGCGCGGCAUGCAGGCUGCCGACGACCAGGUCAUGGAAGCGAGUGACGACGAAGUCAUGAAAGGAAGUGGCGACGAUGAGGUGGAGGACAUUGGGAUCAUCUAA